GCAGGCGGAGAGGACGGGACACCCGCCGGAACAGAGCGAGGGGAGAGAGCGGCGCGCCACAGCCGAGGGAGCGGAGAACGUGGGGAAGGAGUAAGCGGAGAGGCUGCGGGCCACUGGGAUGCGGACAGACAUGAAGCGUUGGAAGGGGUGCUGCUGGCUGCUCUUGUUACUGCUGCUUGGGCUGCUGGUGACCGUCGGGGUGCUGCUGUUCCUGGCGCGGGUACCGCGCUGCUCCCGGGACGCCCCGUACUCGCACGCCGCCGUGGCGGCCGAUUCCCACACCUGCUCCCAGGUCGGCAGAGGUAUCCUACAGAAAGGGGGAUCGGCGGUGGACGCUGCAAUCGCCGCACUGCUCUGCAGUUCCCUGGUCCAACCCCAGAGUCUGGGCAUCGGCGGAGGAGCCAUCCACACCAUCUACCACGCAGCGACAGGACGUGUGGUAGUCAUCAAUGCCAGGGAGGGUCGCUCCGAAGAAUAUGCACCCGGACUACCAGCGUCAAUGAUGUCUCCCGAGCGGUUGCAGGACGUUCUCAAGGGGGAGGGCGAGCAGCCGGAGGUCGCUGUACACAUUGGGAUCAACGACACGGGGAGAGAAAGGGGAAUGCAUCUGCCGGGGAACAAGUUAGCAGAACAAUGCAACAUAACAGAGGAAGAUUUCAGACAAUACAAGGUGAGAGUGAUGCAGCCACAGAGCAUCUCACUGAGGGACUACACCAUGUACACCCCACCCUGGCCCUCCAGGGGAGCCAUUCUCAGCUUCGUACUCAAGAUAUUGGAAGGGUUUAACUUUAGCCCUCAGUCCAUGGAAGGAAAGGAGAGGAAGCAGACAUACCAUCGGAUUAUAGAGGCCUUGAAGUUUGGAAACGGACAGCUGACCAAGGUGAACUCGGCCAACAUGUCCCUGCUGCUGUCGGAGGAGUUUGCCGUGGCUGCCCGCAGGCGCAUUGACAACAAGACCCACCUACCGUCGUACUACAGCAACGACCUCCGCGGUCAGGAGUCGUACGGCACCAGUCACGUGUCUGUGGUGGACAGGGAGGGCAACGCUGUGUCCGUCACCAGCAGCAUCAACCACAUCUUUGGCUCCCUGGUGUACUCAUCGAGGACUGGCAUCAUCCUCAACAAUCAGCUGGCUGACUUCUGUGACAGUGUAACAAACACCAAGAAAGUCGCAGGUCAGCAGCCCCCUUCCUCCAUGUCUCCCAGCAUCCUGCUGUCCAAGGACAAAGGGUCGAUGAUGGUGGUGGGAGCAGCUGGGGGCACGAUGAUCCUCAGUACCACUGCUCAGGUCAUUAUGAACAAAUUAUGGUUUGGGCUCAGCCUGGAAGAAGCGAUCAGAGAGCCAAGGACUCACGUGAUGGUUAACAAUUUUGUGCAGUUUGAAGAAGAGUUUGAUAAGGACGUCGUGGAGGCAAUGAGGCAGAAGGGCCACCAUGUCAGUGAGAGCAUGCAACUGAAGCCUAUCGUCCAGGGAAUAUUUCGCGAUCACAACUGCAUCGAGGCGGUGUCGGACCAGAGGAAGCUCGGGAAAGCAGCCGGAGACUAGCCCGGAGAUCAGGCCGGGGACACAGAGUGUGGGCACCUCCCCUCAUCGGCCUGAGCCAACACCUCGACGCGUUGAGGGUUGCUACCCCCAGUCGUGGCCCUGAGAGCAGAUGCUUUAACCUGCAGCUCACUCCAGACCUCAGUACUCCCCGGACCAUGUUCCUAGGACCACCCAGAGCCCACCGGCGGUGACCUAAAGAGAACCUUCUACAUUUCCAGCGACAUCUCUCUGCUUUCACAAAUCAAAGUGAUAUGUUUGGUAAGCAUCUUAUCGGAUGUUCUGUUUGUUGGAAGGCCUGUGGUCGUGUUCACUGCCAAUCUCUCUGAGUCCUGUGCACUGGACUAUGAGUAAUUGGGUAAUGAGUAACCUGUGCCUGGGAGCAGAGCACUCACUGGGAGGGCGAGCUGUCACGUUUACCUGCUUCACCGGAAUGUGUUAUGUUUGUUCUUCAAGAGACAAACUUUGCGUGGGUUUAACAUCUGAACAUUAUAUUAACCAAGACAGGCCUCUCUUUUUACAGCCACCCUGUUCCUCCACGUGACCCCCUUGCGUUGCCUACUGGGAACUGUUAUAAUAAACACAUAAUAACACAGAAUGUACGUGGGGAGGGGGUACACGGGGCAGAGGAGGGUCACAGGUAGUGACUACCUGACGUAUACAUCUGUCAGAGCACUGGGAGAUGACAGAGGGUCCCACAGAUGGGUCUUUCUCUCCUGACAGAGGGUCCCACAGAUGGGUCUUUCUCUCCUGACAGAGGGUCCCACGGAUGGGUCUUUCUCUCCUGACAGAGGGUCCCACAGAUGGGUCUUUCUCUCCUGGGAAACACGGCAGCCAACGCGAAGGAGACGGGGCGCAGGGCAGCGAUGUGAGCAUCAUGCUGCCCAUCGGCUCCUCUGUGCUGGCCCGAGAGGGCCGGCUCAUUCCCCGCCUCCCCCAGGGGGCAGCGCCUCUGACCCUGCGGCGCGCCCCCGGCGGUGGGUCCCGCCCGGAUUGUGCGUGGGAGUGGGGUUUGAACCCAGCAGCCCCUGGGCGGCGAUGGUUGAACAGGCGGACGGUGGCGCGCUCCCGCUGGAAGGUGUGUGAACAGCAGGGGGAAGCCAUUGGCAGGCAGCGAGCGGCAGAGGCAUGGAGGGGGACUGCUCAGUGAGGAGGCUUUGGCCGGCUCAGUGCUGGGCGUGAAGAUGGACGUCUCCCCCCACCCCCAAUCCCACCCUGCUGAGUGGGGGUGGGGGGGGGGGGGGGCGCUGCAGUGAGGACCCACCUGAGUGGCCUCCAUCCCCAGGGGAGGGGGGGGGUGGUCUAAUUCUGAGCUGAGCUGUCCCAGCCACUGGCACUGAGGAAACACACAGAGUGCGGCUGUACCAGAGCAACAGGACGUCGUGUGACUAAACUACACCAAGGGUGGCAAGGAAUUGGCACUGACGUUGUAUUAAUGGGCAAGACCCAUGACCUCUAUGUUGCUGAGUGCUUGUAUUCUACAAUUUUCUUUCUGAAGGGAGAGAAUUAGGACAAGUAGCCUCCGCUGUCACUUCAGUGUUAGAACAGGUGAGAGAUAACACCUCGGUCUCGGGUCCCAUCACCACCGGACACCGAGGGGCUGGGUCUGUGGAGCAGCCUCAAACACCUCACCGAAGCCUGAGUUGGGGACGUGGUUGUGUAUUGAAUGACUGGCAACAGUGAACGUAGACGACAUGCCUCGAAUGUUUUUACUGUAUGUUAUGAAUAAAAUAUAUUUUUGAGGAAACGAUGGCAGAAUACCCAGCCCCUUCAUAAUGUGAUCCCACCACACAGCCAAUAACAAUCACUGCCUCUUUAAAUAUCAAAAUACGUGGUUAUGAGCAAUUUCUGAUGAUAGAACUGGGUGUCAUUUCUACAUCAGUUAAAGGAUGUGGAACUGAAGAUGUUGGGUGUGAAACAUUUGUUUUGCUGGUUUAUUUGAAGUGUCUGAGUGUUCCAAGCUCUGUCAUCCUUAGCCGGUGCUGAACAAUGUGAGCCAGUGCUGGAUACUGCGAGCCAGUGCAGUCCAGCACUGGACAGCGUGAGCCAGUGCUGGAUACUGCGAGCCAGUGCAGGCCAGCACUGGACAGCGCGAGCCAGUGCUGGACAGUGCAAGCCAGUGCUGGAUACUGUGAGCCAGCGCAGAACAGAGCAGCAUUUAAGUAGGGCGUCUGUCACUAUGUGUUGGAAUUGUGAACUUGUUCCUUCCUAUUAAAACAAGUUUCUGUUUUUAAUGAUGUGAGAAAUUCUCUCAUGCUGAGAGAUAUGAAGAGCCAAAGCAUCAAGACGUUGUAUGUAUUUCUCUGUCCAGUGUUUUUAACUGGUUUGAACUCUGUUAAAUUAGCCAUUAAUUGCACUUGAAUGUUGAUAUUAAACUCAUUUAUUACAAAUA